AAAAUUCGUGUGAUUCCAGUUUACUCAGUUUCAGUGUCGAAAUAAAAUAUAAAACUAAAUACAAUGUUUGAUCGCACGAAGGAUACAUUUGCUGCAAUUUCGUUUGCCCUUUUACUCGUUUGUGUGCAGAGUUUUCCUGAAGAUGAAAUGGAUGAGAUGGUAACAAAGUGUUUGACCGACAACGAUAUCGAGAAAGCUGAGUAUGAGACAUUGCUGAGCCAAAACAACUCGAAUAUAGAUAUGGAUAGUAUUGAUAAGAAAUACAAGUGCUACUUGCACUGCAUGGCCACGGAAAUGCACAUUCUCGACUCGAAUGGACAUGUGGACAUUGAGUUGGUCAACGAACACGAAGAGCUCACACCGAAGGAUCGCGAGGUGUUCGUCGAGUGCAAGAAAAUCCACGAUGGAGGCGAAGACUUCUGUGAAUACGCCUUCAGUAUGACAAUGUGCUUGUUAGAGAGUCUGGAGUCUUAAAAUCAACAGAAGCUGAUUAAAUCUUUGCCUCUGCGGUAGCUGCAAAUAAAGAUAUUCAUAUAAACGUA